UAGUAUAUGUUAAGUUGACAGUGUUUAUUCAUAGUGUUGAAAUUUGUAUACACAAAGACACGAAAUUCAAAAACAAUAUUCAAUUCUCUGACGGGUUGAAGUUAGCGAAUUGAAGAUGUGCAGCCCUUGCUGUGGACCUUGUUGCGGACCGUGCGGUUGCGGACCUUGUUGCGGAUCCUGCUGUUGCGGACCCUGCUGCGGCCCGUGCUGUGGACCCUGUUGUGGUCCAUGCGGAGGCUGCGGCAGUUGCUGUGGCGGUUGCUGUGGGCCAUGCUGCAGCCCCUGCUGCAGUCCGUGCUGUGGACCUUGCUGCGGCAAGUGUGGACCUUGCUGCGGACCAUGCUGCGGGCCCCCUUGCUGUCCGUGCUGUGGACCCUGCUGCGGUCCUUGUUGCGGUCCUGGUUGCGGUCCUUGUUGUGCUCCUUGUUGUGGUCCUUGUUGUGGUUCUUCUUGCGGCCCAUGUUGCCCAAAGUACUGAAACUGGACAUAAGUCUUCCACUUAGCCACCCAAACACGAAUGGCUGCCACAAUUAUUACCAUAAGUUCGAUCUAACCCGUUAGAGAAUUGAUAUUAAACAUCCACACUUCGAAUAAUAACAAAGGA